GAAUUGAUCGGGUUUGACGAGUUUGUUUAUAUUUUAUAUUAAUGAAGAAAUACGUUGUAAUUUGUGAAAAUGGGUACACAAAAGCCGGGAGAAUGGGCCAACACCCUAAUAUCAAGAUUUGAAGAACAACUACCCUACAAGACCGGCGCCCAAAAUCUACACUCCCGCAUAAAUGAAGAGCAGUGCAAGGCAUGCCUUGUACAAAUCAGCAGGCACAGGUUUUCCCUUGUUAUUUCUGGCCUUACUAAGAUCCUGCAGAGAGUUAAUGAAUUGUACCAACCAACCCUCACAACAUGCGUGACUCGACCGCUCACAGAAAUAGAGAAAGGCUACCACGACAGUCUGGUCAUAGUGCUUGAUACAUUGGAGAUAUGUUUAAGCUCACAGCCGAAGGACACGGCGAAAUAUGAAGAGGCUAUGAACGUUAAGAUACUGUUGAGGGAGGUUUGCCAGUUUAUUGAUAUACGAUGUGAAGCGAACAUACAUAAUACGUUACUACGACAGUUGGCUAGUAAGGUUUUAUUUGCGCUAAGUUUGAACUUUUUUAAUGCAGUCUUUAAUAGGAUAAGCGCUAGGUUACAGGAACUUGCAUCUAGCUCAGACGAAAACCCCGACUACAUAGAUAUAGAGUUGAUACAACACAUCAAUAUCGAUGUGUUGAGGCUUAUACGGCUUUUUACAGAAUGUAUUCAAAAGUUUAAGUUAUUACGGAAAUAUACGCCCAUAGUUUUAGUUAUGUCCCUCGAGAAAGCUGUUUGGAAUUGGAUGGAUACUUAUCCACAGGAAUUCCUCGAAGUCCAGUCUCGGCCUAACGACGAACUAAGCAAAUGUUGUGACACAUUGUUCGACAUUUUACAAGACAGCUAUUCUGAAAACAAGAAAACAAGAGUCGCUAUGUGGCCGUUGCAAAUUAUGCUGCUCAUAUUGAACCCUAAGGUACUAGAAGAAAUAGUGAACGCGGAUAGCGGUGCGCCGUGCAGUCCAAGACAUUCGAAGAAAAAACAUUUUAUAGAUGCUGUUAAACGAGGUUUAAGUCCACAAAACAACUCGAAGCAAAUGACAGAAGCCGCUGUCAUAACUUGUGUGAAAUUAUGUAAGGCAUCUACUUAUAUAAAUAUAUCCGACUCUGGGAACGUCACUUUCGUACUGGUCAAGUCGGUUAUUAAUGAUUUGAAGACAUUACUCUUCAACCCGUCGAAAGCCUUCUUCCGCAGUAACUACAACCUUGGCUAUUCAGAUCUCGAUCUAAUGACGGACUGUUUCGUAUCGCUGUUCAGGAUUAUGCCACAUACUAAUGAUGCCAUGAAGGUUUGCUUGAAUCUCAACAGCAAUACGUUCUAUCAUUCCGUGAUUGUUAAUUCGUUGUUGAGGAUAAUAAACCAACCUCGUUUACCGUGGUGGCCACAAAUAGAGUUGCUAUACCCUCGCGCCGCGGAGUUGCGCGCUAUGUUCACGGAUACUUUGAAUAAGGCAACACAGGGCUACAUAGCACACACACCACUACGAAUGAUAUCUCUAUCUCUAAAACCGAAAGAGAGUAAAGUUGAGGAAAUGCCAGUUUAUAAGACACUACUUUUGUAUCUGGUGAAGCUUAUACACGCGGACCCGAUGCUGAUGUUAAGCAACCCAGGACGUUCAGGUGUCGAAAUACAGUCAGCAACCACUGAACUAAUAAACGGUCUAGUAUCUCUAGUACAUCAUACAGAUAUGGGAGAAGUGUCGCAGGAAGCGAUGGAUGCGUUACUCGCGUUACACAAACCAGAUAUGGUCCAAAUGUGGAACCCUGAAGCACCCCUGAACACUUUUUGGGAUAUAAGUUCACAAGUAGUAUACAGUAUAAGCCAAAAGCUUAUACAACGACAGAUAAGCAACUACAGAGAGGUAUUGCGUUGGUUGCGCGACGUUUUAAUUUGUAGAAACGAAUUCUUGGCAAAACAUAAGGAAUACGCUAAUGUGGGAUCGCAAAUACCUAUUUGUAAACAGGCGCAUAUUAAAUUGGAGGUGGUAUUCCUAAUGUGCCUCUGGUCGAUCGACACGGAAGCAGUACUAGUUGCUAUGUCAUGUUUCGCGCUUUUAUGUCGCGAGGCGGAUAUCCGGUGCGGUGCAGAUGAACCGUCAACCCACUGCCUGCUGCCAAACUACGCGGUGUUCCAGGACAUCGCACACACGUCCACCGCGCUGGCCACCGCAUCUAAGGAUACGGGCACACGAUAUCCGAAUAAUAUACAAAACACCGCGGCUCUACAAAAACGGAUAAUGGCAUUACUAAGGAAGAUAGAACAUUGUGUUAAUGGUAUACAACCUGUUUGGGAAGAGACCUUCCGAUGCUGGGAUUCUCUAUGCAAAUUGCUGCAAAAGUAUCCAAAAGGUUUCGGUAUGAUUGAAGAUGGUACAGAACCGUUACAUCGAGCGAAGCGACGCGUGUCACAUCAUACAAGUGCGGAACAUGAUUUUGAGAUGCAAAUCCAAGAAUGGGCUAAUAUAACAUCGUUUCUGUGUGCGUUGGGAGGCGUGUGUUUACAACGAAAACCGACCACUGUAUGGGCUUUGGGACACGAUUCAAGAAAAUAUCACGUUUUAGCAAACAGUACACAAGAAGUACAAUAUUGUCCUGUGACUCAGUUCAUAGGCCAAUUGCUACGGCUCCUACUAUGUAACAACGAACGUUUCGCGGCGCACAUACAGUGUCAUGUGAAAGAAUUAGUCGGAAAGGAAAUGUCCCCAGCGCUAUAUCCUAUACUGUUCGAUCAGAUCAAAGCGAUCGUGGAUAAGUUCUUCGAUCAGCAGCAGCAGGUGAUGUUAACAGAAAUGAACACACAAUUCGUAGAACAUACUAUAUUUAUUAUGAAAAGUAUUUUGGAUAAUAAUAACACGAACAAAGGCGUAGGCCAGCCGGAGCAUCUUAGCAGCACAUCUAUAGAGGGACUCAUGUUGGCUAUAGUUAGAUACGUACGUCACUUGGACAUGACAGUACUAUCGGUGCACAUAAAGACGAAAUUGUGCCAAGUUGUCGAAGCGAUGAUGCGCCGGAGGGAUGACUUGUCGUUUAGACAGGAAAUGAAAUUCCGCAACAAAAUGGUGGAAUACGUUACUGACUGGGUUUUGGGAACGAGUCACCAAAUUGCACCACCAUUGAGAGCUGAUGCUUCUUCUAUAACCAGGCAUGUGAUGUGUCCCAGAGAGCUGGACCAGGCGUGCAUGGAGGCUGUGGCUGCUCUGCUCAAGGGUCUGCCGCUGCAGCCCGAGGAGUCCGACCGGGGGGAUCUCAUGGAGGCCAAGAGCCAGCUGUUCCUCAAGUAUUUCACAUUAUUCAUGAACCUCCUAAACGAUUGUAACGAAGUGGAAAUAACAGAGGGUCCCGGGCGUUUGGAAACGUUACGAAAAGCGACCAUACAAGCCAUGUCGAAUUUGCUCAGCGCUAACAUUGAUUCUGGACUGAUGCAUAGUAUUGACCUAGGCUACCACCGUGACUUACAAACGCGUGCAGCAUUCAUGGAAGUAUUGACCAAAAUACUCCAACAAGGUACCGAGUUCGAUACCCUGGCUGAAACUGUAUUGGCCGAUAGAUUCGAGCAGUUGGUACAAUUGGUUACUAUGAUAUCUGAUAAGGGUGAGCUACCAAUAGCCAUGGCGCUCGCGAGUGUUGUAAGCACAUCACAAAUGGACGAGCUAGCGAGGGUGUUCGUCACACUGUUCGACGCUAAACAUUUGUUAGCACCCUUGUUGUGGAAUAUAUUCUAUAGGGAAGUUGAGGUAUCAGAUUGUAUGCAAACUCUCUUCCGCGGUAACUCCCUAGGCAGUAAGAUAAUGGCGUACUGCUUUAAGAUAUACGGACAUACAUACUUACAAAGUCUUCUGGAACCAAUAAUAAAUUCUCUGUUGGAACAACCGGAGUUGAGCUUUGAAGUCGAUCCAGCUAGGUUAGACCCAAGCGAAGACAUCGAAGUGAAUCGCGCGAAUCUCAUUGAACUUACCAAAGAAGUGUUUGAACGUAUAGUGACGUGUGCUGAUAUGUUCCCGCCGCAGUUGAGAAGCAUGUGCCAUUGUUUGUAUCAGGUUUUAAACAAGAGAUUCGCACAGUUUCCUCACACAAGCGUAGGAGCCGUGGGCACGGUGUUAUUCCUGCGUUUUAUCAACCCAGCUAUCGUUUCUCCACAAGAGAUGGGCAUAGUGAAUCGACCAAUACCAUCUCAAAUAAAACGCGGUCUAAUGUUAAUGUCGAAAAUACUACAAAACAUAGCGAAUCACGUAGAAUUCUCGAAGGAACAACACAUGUUGCCUUUUAACGACUUCCUGAGGGCACACUUUGAGACUGGGAGGAAGUUUUUCAUACAAAUAGCAUCAGACUGUGAGAGCGUAGAGCAAGCGGCCCACAGUCUAUCGUUUAUAAGCGAUGCCAAUGUAUUGGCUUUGCAUAGAUUGUUGUGGACACACCAAGAGCGGAUUGGUGAUUAUUUGUCCAGCAGUAGAGAUCAUAAGGCGGUUGGGAGACGGCCUUUUGAUAAAAUGGCAACGCUACUCGCUUAUUUGGGACCUCCGGAACAUAAACCUGUGGAAUCCACAUCAAGUCUUCUCUUCUCUUCCUACGCCCGCUGGUCGUCAAUAGACAUGAGUUCGACAAAUUUCGAGGAGUUUAUAGUGAAACAUAACAUGCACCAAAAGGAAGAGUUUAAGAGUAUAAAGAGUUUGAACAUCUUCUACCAGGCGGGGACCAGUAAACUGGCGAACCCGGUGUUUUAUUUCAUAUCCAGGAGAUAUAAAAUCGGCGAAGUAAACGCAGACCUCCUAAUAUACCACGUGAUUUUAACUCUCAAGCCAUUCUGCCAACAACCCUUCGAGCUGAUCAUUGACUUCACGCACACCAACUCAGAUAAUAGGUUUAGAACGGAUUUCCUACAAAAGUGGUUUACAGUGCUCCCCGAAGUUGCGUACACAAACAUACAGGCGUGCUAUAUAUAUAAUUGUAAUAGCUGGGUGCGCGAGUAUACAAAGUUCCAUGAGACGAUACUGGCGCCAUUACGAGGCAAUAGAAAACUAAUAUUCAUAGACAACCACGCUCGUCUAUGCGAUUACAUAGAACCAGAACAACAGAAGCUGCCUGGAGCGACUCUGGCUUUAGAGGAAGAUCUCAAAGUGUUCAAUAACGCACUUAAACUGUCACAUAAGGACACUAAAGUGGCUAUUAAGGUGGGACCUACAGCAUUGCAAAUAACGUCAGUGGAAAAAACUAAAGUACUAGGUUUCCCAGUGCUUCUAAAUGAUGUUUAUUAUGCGUCUGAAAUAGAUGAGGUAUGUCUUGUUGACGACAAUCAAUUCUCUCUAUCGAUAGUGAACGAAGCGACGCCAUUGAGUUUUAUACACAACGACUGCGAUAAUAUCGUACAGAGUAUUAUACAUAUACGGAAUAGAUGGGAAUUGAGUCAGCCGCAAGACUCAGUGACAGUUCAUCAAAAAAUCCGACCAAAAGAUGUACCAGGAACGCUAUUGAACAUGGCAUUGCUCAACCUGGGUUCGUGCGACCCGAACCUACGUACCGCGGCGUACAACCAGCUGUGCGCUCUGACGGCCACCUUCCAUUUGAAGAUUGAGGGACAAUUGCUAGAAACUUCAGGUCUAUGCAUACCCUCGAAUAAUACGAUAUUCAUCAAAUCUGUAAGCGAAAAGCUGGCGCACAACGAGCCACAUUUAACUUUAGAAUUUUUAGAAGAAUGUAUACAGGGGUUCCGUGGAUCCACAAUAGAGUUGAAGCAUUUAUGCCUCGAAUACAUGACUCCAUGGCUCGCUAACUUGGUCAAAUUCGUUAAACCGACAGAAGAAUCUCGACGUCAAAAACAAGUUGCACAAAUUCUAGAAAAAUUAAUAGAAUUAACUAUAGAAGAGACAGAAAUGUAUCCAUCCGUACAAGCCAAGAUCUGGGGUUCGAUUGGUCAUGUGCCAGAACUUAUAGAUAUGGUGUUGGACAGCUUUAUACAGCGGAGCGUGGACUCAGGUCUCGGCUCGCCUAUGAUAGAAAUAAUGGCGGACACGGCUGUUGCAUUAGCAUCUGCCAACGUACAGCUAGUUUCUAAAAAAGUUAUCGGCAGGAUGUGUAGAGUGGUAGACAAAACUUGUCAUUCACCGACUGCUAUGUUGGAACAGCACAUGAUGUGGGACGACAUUGCGAUACUUGCCCGAUAUUUGUUGAUGCUUUCGUUCAACAACUGCCUAGACGUGGCCCGUCAUCUCCCGUACCUAUUCCACACGGUCACGUUCCUAGUAUGCUCCGGUACGGUCUCCAUGCGGGCAGCUACACAUGGACUAGUGAUUAAUAUUAUACACUCGCUGUGUACCUGCAACUCGCCUUCUUUCUCUGAGGAAACUCAGCGCGUACUAAUGCUGUCUUUGGACGAAUUCGCACUACCAAAGUUCUACCAAAUGUUUGGUAUAUCUAAAGUGAAGUCGGCUGCAGUUACGGCGUUUAGAAGUCCAUACCAUAGACAUACGGGCGAUUGGUACUCUGAACACUCGUACGGCUGCAGCCAGUCCUCUUGUAUCAUGGGCCCAGUGGUUACAACCUCCGUCACGGAUCGAGAAAGAUUACCGCUUCAAUCCUUAGAGACUAUAACUGAUGCACUAUUGGAGAUCAUGGAAGCCUGUAUGCGGGAUAUACCGGACUGUGAUUGGCUGAAAACUUGGACAUCACUAGCAAGAAGUUUUGCGAUUUGCUUCAAUCCCGCGUUACAACCGCGUGCGCUUAUCGUCUUUGGUUGUAUAAGUAAACACGUAACAGACGACGACAUGAAACAACUCUUACGUAUUUUAGUGAAGGCGUUAGAGUCUUUCAAUGAUAUGGCUCUUCUAGAAGCUAUAAUUAUGUGUUUGACGAGGUUACAACCUCUUUUGGAUGCGGAAUCACCAAUCCACAAAGCACUAUUUUGGGUGUCUGUGUCCGUAUUACAAUUGGAUGAGCCGACUUUAUACGCGGCGGGUUUGGCUUUGCUAGAACAGAAUCUACAUACGUUGGACUCGCAGGGGCAUUUUGAGACUAAGACUUUGGAACAAGUAAUGAUGGAGACGAGAGAACCUUUAGAGUGGCACUUCAAACAGUUGGACCACGCGGUUGGAUUGAGUUUCCGUUCAAACUUCCACUUCGCGCUAGUAGGGCAUCUAGUGAAGGGCUAUCGCCAUCCACUGGCCGGUACUGGCUCGCGUACCGCACGAGUACUCACCGCUUUACUAGCGCUAGCCGCUAAACCGGACCGCGAUAAGUUUAGAGUCACCAAACAUACUGUCGCGUAUUUGACGGCUCUAGUAUGUGUGAGCGAGGAAGUAAGAUCAAGGUGUCCAGUGAAACAUUCGCUGCCAAAAUGGCUGCCGGAUAAUUGUGAUCACUAUUGUCCUGCUGCUGAUCAUUUGCAGUCAACAAUGUUAAUACAAGGUCGAGUUACAUCAAACACAUGUCAGAAUAGGAGACAGAAAUCGUGGGACAUGCUGGACCAAUCUGUUACGCAUGGUGGUAAGUCGCCAACAAUAACACAGUCAAGUGGCGGCGGUCAAAGCCCGCACCCAUCGAACAUAUCGCACCAGGCGGCUAGAAUGCGCUUCAAAACGCAAAGAUCUUUCUCUGUGCCCACAGCUAAAGAAACCAUAAAACCACCCCGUGACAGUGAAGGCAGAGCGCACAGCGUUCAACACGGUUCUACGGGUGACGCGGCCAGAGAACACACAGACGAUACCACUGAUGUGGAUGAAGAUGGCCGUGAUUCUCAAGGCAGUAUCGACGAGACUGAACGACCAGCGUCUACAAAAUCUGGUGACAGCUUUCCAGCUGAUGAUAAACAAUCUUCAUCAGAGAAGAACGGUACAGAUUGCAACAGUCUAUUGGACCCGGCCGUGCUCUCUGAUUUCACGACACAAGCGUUAGUGCUCACUGUUUUAGCGACUUUGGUUAAAUAUACUUCGGAUGAAGAUGAAAUUAGAGUGCUCUACCAGUAUCUAGCUGAAGGGUCGGUUGUGUUUCCAAAAGUUUUCCCUGUUAUUCACAGCCUCCUAGACAUGAAGAUAAAUCACAUCUUGAUGCAUUGCAGCGAUCAAAUAAUAUUAAGUGCUGUACAAUGUAUUAUACAGAAUAUGAUAGCGUCAGAGGAUGCGAGUCAACAACAGUUGCAUUAUAUGCAAAGUUGUGGUUUCGGAGGACUGUGGCGGUUCGCUGGACCGUUUACUAAGAACCAAUACACGGCGGAAAGCAGUGAACUAUUCGUGAACUGCCUAGAGGCGAUGGUUGAAACGUGUCUGCCGGGCUGCGGCCCGCCGCCGCGCCGCCCGCCGCCCGACCCCGACCGGGAUGAUGCCGCUUGUGGCCAUCGCCCAUCGACGAUUUAUUGCCCUGGUCAGGAACCAUAGCAUUCAAAGAUAAGAGACCAAUUACAAAAUUGUAAUUGGAUAGCGGAGAAACGUCGCAAGGCUCCGUACAAAAUAAUAUCGAAUAGACUUUAUUAUUUUCUGCCGAAAUUCAAAUUUCGACGGCAACACAGUCACAAAUAUUGUAAUUGUUGAAAAUUAUUCGAUCUCAUUUCAAAGGCGUUAAAGUUCAAAAUUGUUUAUCAAAUGUAAAGGAUUAAAAAAAGAUCAAAUUCGAUCCUAUUUCAUUCAGUUCAAAAUCGGUUAACAAAAUUAACGGAAUGAAACAUUGGUUUUGCACAUUGUUAAUGUAUUUUCCUACUUAUUUUGAUGGUUGUAAAGUUCAUUAUUAUUUAGCAAAUUCUUAGUAAUUUAUUUAUGUGUAAUGAAAAGUGAAAUGAAAAUAUCUUCAGUUACUGGAUUUUCGACUUUAUUACGUAUGCUCUGAAGUUCAUUUUUGUAUGAUUUGACAAAGGUUUUUAAAGGCUUCGACCUUUCUACUAUAGUAAUAAGGUUUAUUUUCUACCAAUUUGUGUUAUAGUUUACUUUUAUACAGAAUUAAUCAUGAUCUUUGUUCUAAAUUUUAAACAUUCAUUGUCUAAGUCAAAAAGGUUUUUGCGAUUAUUUUAAUAACUCAGCCUCAGACACAAUAGAAAAUCUAUUGUGUCGUGGACCGAUCGGGCCGCUUGGGGCUCAAUGGGUUAAUAAAAAAUAAGAGUCGUAUAAAAAUACUAUGUUCUAUGUGUAUAAAUACACAUGUUAAAGUUAUGUAUUAGAAAGAAACAAGAAUAAGAAGCUAUAUAUAAAAUGCCGAUACGCGCACAAAAUGCAUUUUUAUAUUAUUGGGACGCACAAAUUUUGAUGCUACUCGUAGAAAAAAGAGUAGAUAAAUUAUUAUAAUAAAUAAUAACUCUUCCUGUUUUUAUCAAGUGGAGUAAUUCAAUUUUUAGAGAAUUAUAGA